AUGUAUCGGGGAUUCCAAUCUUGUGUACCGGAUCAGUUGACGAAACGAGUCAGAAAAUCUGCUGACCGAGAUGAUGAAAUCCAGGAACGUUUCUUCCUCACCUCCUCCUGGGCUCUCGGAGAACCGGAUUCCUCGCCCUCGGAAUUUGUUGUUUGUCGUCUCUGUCAGCCAGAUUCUUGGAACUAUGAAAAGCAAAAUGUUUGGGCGUCUGUCGCUACCCCAUCCGCCUCCUGCCUGCUUCUCGCUCCUACAAUGGAGUUCCAGACUUUCUUGUGCGCGAGCGAGCUCCCUAGUUACUCUCCAUCAGUACCAGUCCCUUCGUAUUCCUUUGAGCUAGCCUGCGGUGAACAACGACUUGAACACACGCCUCGCGUCGUACAUCCACCUCCAACAUCCGUCUUCGUCAAGAAAAUCGGCCGGACGACCGUCGUCCUCAACGAGCAAGAGGAGGGCGUUUCUGUCCCAACAUUCGGCCGUUCAGCACAUAUUAGUGGCACCGUUUGUUUCGAAGAGAGUUGCAGCGUGCUCGGCGUCGUUCUGCAAGUUGAAGGGAAAUUAGAUAGCACCAUCUCUGAAGCUGGCGGACUCUCCACGAAACUCUUCAACCAGAGAUAUCCUUUGUGGUCGCAAUGCAAUUCGCAAGGUGAACCCUGCCCGUCGCAAAUCCCGUUCUCCGUCUUUCUCCCACCAACCUUCACUUACAAUGGCGCCGCUGCUCCUCUUCCGCCCUCCUUCCACACGCACUUCAUGGACGUUCCGGCGCUCUUCGUGAAGGCUUCCUACCAGCUCCGCUUCAUCAUCACCCGCAUCCGACACAAGAAGCUAGAGAUGUGGCCAAAAGUUAAACACGCGGUGGUGCCUUUCACCUACGUGCCUCGGACGCGCUCCCACCGACCCAUCGUAACCAGCCCUUGCUUCUUCUCCUCAGUAAAGACCUCGCCAGAGGAGUGGUACCAGGCUGUGACGAGCCUGCGGACACGUCCCAACGCCAGGAUUGACCCAAUUACCUGCCAUCUCUUCAUUCCUGCCGGGCGCAUAUAUGGCCUGAAGGACAAGAUCCCGUUCCACGUCCAGCUGUCGGGUAUUAUCUGCACGCUUAAGGACGUCUUCGCGGGCUGCGUCUCGGGGCUCGACCGUGUACUAUCGGUCGACUCGAGCAACACGACCGCGUCGAGGCGGUCACCCGCUGAGAACCCCUUCAUCCGGGUGUACCUCCUACGGCAGGUGUCCGUGUCGAUGAAGGGCACCAGUGCCUGGAGGAACAUAGUCCUGGGCGAGGGUACCCUCGCACCGAUUCCUCCAGACCUCUCGAGUUGCUGUUCCUUGACAAGACAAUGCCGAGAAGGGCACGUCGACUGGGAGGGCGAGGUCUCCUGCAGAGAUGACAUCACUGUAGGCGGCUUCAACGCGGCGAACGUCCAUGUCAAGGACUUUAUCGCUCUAUCGCUUACACCUCCAGACCGCCGAUCCUCUCCGCUCCUGGACCUGCAAGUCACCAUCCCUAUACGGCUCGUGACGGAUUCCUGGACAGAUGUCGCAGGGCCAGACGCAGGUGCUCUGGCCCAGUGA